AUGAUUCUAUUUUAUAAUUUGCUUGUGAACAAUAUUUUGAAAAUUAAAAAAAAUAAGAAAAUAAACAUACUUUAAAGUAGUUAUCCAUAAGAAAAGCUUUAAAGGAGCCUGAUUAUUUUUCGGAGAGUUUAAUUUGAGUAAAGAAAACAGAUAGUUAAUUGUAAAAAUAGAAAAUGUGCAUGUUUCAAAAUUAUAAUAACUAAUUAUCUCUAUCGAAACAUAUAUAUAGGAUAUUUAAAUUAGUUGAGCAAUUUAGUUGAUAGAUAUAAGAAAAUCAUUAUUGAUGUCAUCUAGAAAAAAGAAAAUCUAAGAAAUGAUUUAGAGAAGGUUAUAUUUUAUUACUAUUAUCUAGGUAUCAUUUUAUUAAUAAUUUAAAGAGAUAUUUAAGGUAUAGAUAGUUAAUAAUGCAUUACUGAUGAUGCCAUCAUUUAAAUUGAAGACAAUAUCAAAUAUCUAUUCUAAGAGAUUAAUAAAAAUUAAAAUUCUUUUAAUCAAGAGAAAUUGAAAUAGUGCCUGAUUCCAAAAUUUGAUAAGCCAACUAUUUUACCAUAAUACCAAAUUUUGAAAGAUAAACUGUAGAUACUCAAGGAUAAUAUGGCUUCUCUAUUAAUGUAAAAGCCGGUGGAUUAGAAUUAGGAUCCAAAAAAUUAUAAAAGAGAUUUAAAAUUUUCAAACAUUUAUAAGCAAUCAAAAAUUUAAGUUUCUUUGGAUGGAAAGGUGGCUUUUGCAAAAGAGGAUGUUUGUUAAGUAUUUUUAUGUGAGUAAGCCGUACCAAAUAAUAGAUAAAUUAGUAUUCACAUCAUGAUAAAGAAAUAAACGGUUAAUUAAAAGGAUUUCAUCAGAAUAAGGAGAUAUUAUUGA